AACACACAAGUAAAACAGAAGACCAAGGAAAAGAAGAAGAAGAACUAGAAGAGAAAACAAAACAAGAUGCCGAAGAACAAAGGAAAGGGAGGCAAGAACCGCAAGAGGGGAAAGAACGAAGCCGACGACGAGAAGCGAGAGCUCCUCUUCAAAACAGACGGCCAGGAAUACGCGCAGGUCACACGCAUGUUAGGCAACGGCCGGCUUGAAGCCAGGUGCCACGACGGUGUCACCCGCCUCGGCCACAUAUCUGGCAAGUUACAUAAGAAGGUCUGGAUCGCCGCCGGCGAUAUUGUCCUCAUCGGGCUGAGGGACUACCAGGAUGGCAAGGCUGAUGUGAUUCACAAGUACAUGCCGGAUGAGGCCAGGUUGCUCAAGGCUUAUGGGGAGUUGAAUGACAGUUUCAGGCCUAAUGAGGGCGGCGGCGGCAACAGUGACGACGACAUCGACAGCGGCAAUGAGUUCCUACAGUUUGAGGAUGGUGAUGUUGAUAGAAUCUGA